CAUGUCAUUGUCGUGGGGCUGGGGCUCGUUUUGGUCGGCCGAGCAGGGAGGACGAGCAGAGCGUAGAGCCGGGUAGGAAUGACGAGCGGAGCGCAGAGCCGGGCAGGAAUGACGAGCGGAGCGCAGAGCCGGGCAGGAAAUUUGGCGGGCAUUUGGAAAUUUACGCUGAUGUUAGCCCUAGGCCGGUGUGGGGUUAUUCCCCAUCACUUUGGCUGUGGAGGAUCGGGUUGAUAAGAUGUUUCUGCGGGGAUCCGUAAAGGGCGUCCUCUUGCUUGAAAUCGAGAAGGAGGGGGUGGGCAGCAGGUUCCAAAUCUGGAACCCUUACCUGAGGCUGUUGGGCCCUAUUAUCCCCCUCCCCCCUGGGGUCGCUGCUGCUGGUGGAGGGGAUGAGGUACACUACACAGCCGUUGGUUUCGGUCAUUCCCAUGGUGACUUCCAUCUUCUCCUCCGCCUCCCCCCGGAGGAGGAAGAAGGAGCAGAGUUCUUGCGCCUCACAGUGCGUAUCUUCACCCUCCCAGUAGGUGGCAUCCAAAACCAGUCGUGGACUUCUGUCACAAGUCCGUUCCUCCUCCCAGUCGGUUCCCAUCUCUCGGACAUCACUACAAAUCCAUUCCAUGACCACACCAUCCUCUGGACCUCAAACCACGGGAACCGUUGGUCUGUCUCCGGAUUUAACUUUGAGAACCACACCUUCAUCCCUGCCAUUUCAUUCCCACUGUGGGACAGCAGUGAUGGCCCCCGAAGCGCUCCGACAUUAAGGAUUUUGGGUGAUCGAGUCUGCACUUAUCGCGCCGCCACCAAUGCCACCGGGGAUGCUCAUCCUGUCCUCCUCUACCAACUUGGCGAUGAUGGCCGUUCAUGGACUAAAGCAGCGCGGUUCCAUCUCAUAUUCGAAGGCGAAGAAGAAGACGAACCGGAACUGAUUGACAUGUUCAGAGAUUUUGUAGCUGCAACAUGGAAAAACCCAUGCCUCGUGGUGUACACAUCCGAGGACCAUAUCAUGGGAUAUGAUCCGGAAAACGAAGAAUUUUUCUACUUUGGUCUUCAACCUAUGCAAGACGACGACUACGACGAUGAUGAUCCUGAUCACCCAACAUUUGCCGAGCUACAAGCAGCUGCCUAUCACCCUUCAUUUCUUUGGCCUUAUCCCAGAUGGAAUGACAAAAUGAGAAGAGAAUGACAUGUUAAGCUAUGGACAUUCAGAACACAAUGACAUUAUGCUCAUUGACAAUAUCCAACACUGAGGCCAUGUAGAAAUUAGCAGUGAAGAUAUGGAGGGGAUCAGGAGAUGGUUGAUUGAAUCUGAGGAGGUAUAAAUAUAUAAAUGGUGAUUAC